AUGCCUCAAGGAACUGUGGAUAGCACCAACGUUGUUUUCUACCCUUUGUCCAUAAUAAAUCCUACUUGGUCAUACGUCCCUCCAGCUUUAUCUUUUAGUUAAGCAAAAUGUAAGAGCAAACACAUUCAAGCAAACAGAAACAUGGUCAAAGGGUUAAAAACUCUGUUCACUAGUGUGGGAUGGUCGAGUGGCUGCAAAUGGAAGGACAGAAUGUCCAAGGGCGAAAGAGACACAGUAGAAUGACUAGCAAAAUGGAUUAAACUGUGUUAAAACAUUCUAACUGGACCUUCUUUCAUCACUAGAGAUUUUUAAGUCAAAUGGUUGUAGUGAUGAACUGAGACAUUUUGUUGUUCUAUUUUUUGCUGUUUGUUUUCUUUAAGACAGAAACUUGCUAUAUAUAGCCUAGGGUAGCCUCCAACUCUCCUCUCCUGACUCAGUCUCUUAAGUGUGGAGAUUACAGAAAUGUGCUACCAUUCCCAGCUUGAGAUAAUGUUAACACAGCCUGGCUGAUAGAGUAUCAACCUUUUCAUUACUUCAGUAAUUGAUAUAAUAGAGCACAAAAGGCUCUAGAGUCCGUCUAGCCUGACCUUACAUCGCAGUUCUCUUAUUUCUAGGCUGACUUUGGUAACUAAGUGUCUGUGGAGCACUUGCAACCUAGCUAGGCUUUCAGUAUCUGCUUGGAAUCUUUGCUUCAGGGUCUAGGACACUCUGGGCAUGGGUUACACUGGAAAAUUACCAUUCUAUUGACUUGGCCUUAAUUUUGAAGUACUGAACUAAAACUAUCAGUAAAACAAGUCUUCAUUAGUACCAUGAGUCAGCAAAGCAAAGUAUUUCAAUAUUUGAAGAAAUGAGAGACCUUUUCAGUAGUUUGAAUCCAAGACUUGUGCAUGAGAAACGCACUAACACAAGCAAAGGACCUUUAAGAUUAUACUGUAUGACAGGGUUAGAGAGACAGCUCAGUGGGUAAGAGUGCUCACCGCUCUUCCAGAGCGCCUGGGUUCAGUUCCCAUCAUCCACAUUGCUACUCACAGCCAUCUCUAGCUCCAGUUCCAGGGAUCCAGAGCCUUCCAGCCUUUCUGGGCACUGCACACUCUUAGUGCAGACAAAACACUCGUCCCUUAUAAUCUGUCUUUGAGGAGGAAAGGCUAGAGAAUUGGGUGUGGGCAAAAGUGAAAGGCUUCUGAACAGUCAUUACUACUUUUCAUAAGGCAUAUUUAUCUGUUUGCCGUAUGUGUACAUGUGUUUCCAAGAGUAAGAAAAAACAUGAAGUGUGGCACAUACUGAAAAAACUUAGUAUAUGUUAGCUGCAGACAUGUGCUGCACAGCUGCAAUCCCAACAUUGGAAAGGUGUUACAUAGUUGUAAUUCACACACUUGGGAUGGAUGGAGGCAUGAGGUUGAGAGUUCAAGGCUCAUCUCAGCUACAUGAAACGCUGUCUCAAAAAACAAAUAAUAAGCUUGGUGGUGAUACCUUCAAUCCCAGCACUCAGAGGCAGGCCGACCUCUGAGUUUGAGGCCAUCCUGCUCUACAGAGUAAGUUCCAGAACAGCCAACAAAGGUACACAGAGAAACCCUGCAUACGAAAACUAUACUGAUUCAUCUUGCAGCUACUCUGGUAAAGACUUACAAGAGUUUCCUUCCUAAGGCGUCUAUCAUUGUAGGCGCUGAACUCCGUGAGAGGAACUUCCACAGUAGCACAAGUCAGCAUGUGAAUUGUGUGUCAAGCUUCUCUGCCAAGUCCUUGUAGACAGCUUUGGAGUAAGCUUUCUUAGUGCCACUGAGAUUCUAACUCAGCCGUGCCACGCUGACUGUGACUCUCCUCUGGGAGUUAAAGAUGAUGAUUAAAAGGGAUAGCCCUGGAUAAUGGAGUUGUUAUAAACAGUCACAGAAAUGACAUUUUAGCACCAUGUCUGGCUCGUGCCACGUACCUAAUGUAAGAAAGUUCAGAAAAUGCUGUUUCAUUAGAAAUAGAUCCAAGAACCCUUUAUGGAUUCAGGAGGUUUUUAAUAUCCCUUAAGUUUUUCUGUGGCUUAGCACCCACCCCAAGGGAGCACUGAUAGAAGGUACAGGAUACCGCUUGUUUUUUCCAGAGCGAGCAGAUUUCCUUUUAGGUUGUAAAAAUGAUAGUGAAAGGUUAAAUGCUAACCAAGAUUGACCUCAACGCUCAGACGCUCUUUAAAGCAAGUCAGUGCUAGAGCUUCUUUGAGUAACAAAACGGGAAGAGAAGCUCUGACAUUCACCAGCCAAAAGACCCUGAGACUGGGUUCAGCAACAUAAGCAUAAUUGACCUUUUCCCCCUUCAGAUGUGUGUUUUUACAUUUCGGAAUACAGUACAUUUAACUACUAGAAUGGACUUUGAGAGUAUUCACAUACACCAGUUAGUUUUUUGUUUAAGUUUUAAAUAUGUGCCCUGUCUUAGUCACAGUUUCUAGUGCUGCCAUGAAAUGCUGUCACCAAAAGCAAAGUUGGGGAAGAAAGGUUCAUUUGGCUUUGCACUUCCAUAUUCCACGUCUUAGUCCAUCAUUGAAGGAAGUCAGGAUUCAAACAGCAGCAGUGUGGAAGCAGGAGAGGAUGAAGAGGCAUGGUGCUGCUUCCUUACUUGUUCACCUGCUUUCCUACAGAACUCAGGACCACCUGUCAAAGGGUGGGUCCAGCACAGCAGGCUGAGUCCACCCACAUCAACCACUAUAAGGCCUCACAGGCUCGUCUACACUCUACAUCCCAGCCAAGUAGAGGCGUUCGUUCAACUGAGGUUCUCACCUCUGAUGACAAUACCUGUGUCAAGUUGGCAUAAAACUAACUAGGACAGCCCCUUUAAAACAUACUCUGACAGUGUCCCACUGGAUUGUGAAAACUUAAAUUCUUAUAGGGCCUCAAAUUUUAACUGAUCUUUAAAUUUAGAAGUACCCACAUAACUAUUAAAAAACACGUAUAAUUUGUCAACUUUUUACCUCACAAGUAGUAAAUUCAUUAAAACUGGUAAAAUUCAUUGCCCUGAUAAUGUGGUCACUCCAACAAGUGCUCCUUGUUUAUCCACCAGCACCAGCAGAUCCUAAAACCAUAGAUAAUACCAAAUGCUGAAAUACUGUUCGUCUAUACACAUCUAUGACAGUUCUUAAUGACAACAGUAAUAAGAUGGUACCACUGUGGCAAAAUGCUGACAAAUCUGCCAUGCCAGUCAUUUAUACAGAGUGAAUACGCUGGAUAGGAGGAUUAUUUUGUCACAGACAGGAUAGAGAGAGAAUUAUGCUGCUGAGUACUGUAAUUUCAGAAUAAAGAGUAUUUCUGUACUUUUCCAUUCAUAUUUUCAGACCACAGUUGAUCAGUGGUAACUAAGCUUGCAUAACAACACCAAUGAUGUGGUGAAACUACUGUAUUGGCUAAACUUGGGUGCUUGCUUAAGAGACUUUUCUUUUGAUGUUCGUCACCUAUCAACUGUGACCUAAUUUCAGUCACCCUCCCCAUGAUCAAGAAAAGAGAUUUGUAAACUAUGGGGCUAUUUCAGUCUUCCUCAACUGUCUCACAUGUCCAGACAUGAGAACCUGAGAUUGAGCCAAGCCAGUCUUCCAAGAGCAGUAGGCCACUCAUAGUGUUGGGGGAGGGGAAAGGUGACUCCAGCCAAUCAGAAGCAUGGUCAGUGCACGUGAAACAAUGAACUUCUGAUGAGGGUGUGGCCUGGAAAACGGCUUUUUGACAAAACUGUCAUUUGAUGGGUCAGGUAUGGACAGACAUGGCACUUCUGCUGUCUUCAAAAUAAUAACACCAGACCCCCUUCCUGUUCUCUACAUUCCUGAAAGAUCUAGUCUAAUCUAGGCUCCAACUUUUCCUCCGUCUUGGAGAACAGAGAUGACCAAAGUUCAGUUUCCAGCUCACAACUGCCUGAAAGUCCAGCUCCAGAGGAUCUGACACACUUUUCUGGCCUCCAUGCAACACAUGUUGCACAAAAACAGACACACACACAUACAGAGACCUCCUUGGGGAGACAGCUUCCUGGCACUGAAAAAUCCUGACCACUGUCCUUGAACAUGAGUGCCCGAAGGCAGGAAUUACAGGACAGGGCAAUCGUCAAGAUAGCUGCUCACUUACCGGACCUCAUUGUCUAUGGAGAUUUCUCUCCCGAGCGGCCGUCAGUGAAAUGUUUUGAUGGAGUUCUGAUGUUUGUCGAUAUUUCAGGCUUUACUGCAAUGACUGAGAAGUUCAGCACAGCCAUGUACAUGGACCGAGGAGCCGAGCAGCUGGUGGAGAUCCUCAACUACUACAUAAGUGCGAUAGUGGAGAAAGUACUGAUUUUUGGAGGAGACAUCCUAAAAUUUGCAGGUGACGCCUUGUUGGCCCUGUGGAAAGUGGAACGAAAGCAACUGAAGAAUAUCAUCACGGUGGUAAUUAAAUGCAGCCUGGAGAUUCAUGGCUUGUUUGAAGCCAAGGAGGUUGAAGAAGGCCUGGAUAUUCGAGUUAAGAUAGGACUGGCUGCUGGCCACAUCACCAUGUUGGUCUUUGGGGAUGAAACACGGAACUACUUCCUGGUGAUUGGCCAAGCGGUGGAUGAUGUACGCCUUGCUCAGAACAUGGCUCAGAUGAAUGAUGUUAUUCUGUCACCAAACUGCUGGCAGCUCUGUGAUCGGAGCAUGAUUGAAAUCGAGAGGAUUCCGGAUCAGAGAGCAGUUAAGGUUAGCUUCUUAAAACCACCCCCAACUUUUAACUUCGACGAGUUUUUUGCCAAGUGUAUGGCCUUCAUGGAUUAUUAUCCUUCUGGUGACCACAAAAACUUCCUAAGGCUUGCCUGCAUGCUGGAGUCUGAUCCUGAACUCGAGUUGUCUCUACAAAAGUAUGUGAUGGAAAUCAUUUUGAAGCAGAUUGAUGACAAGCAGCUUCGGGGCUAUUUAUCUGAGCUUCGUCCUGUGACGAUCGUGUUUGUGAACUUGAUGUUUAAAGAGCAAGACAAAGCAGAAGUCAUAGGAUCAGCCAUCCAAGCUGCCUGUGUGCACAUCACUUCCGUCUUGAAGGUCUUCCGAGGCCAGAUCAAUAAGGUCUUCAUGUUUGAUAAGGGCUGCUCCUUCCUCUGUGUCUUCGGUUUCCCUGGGGAAAAGGCCCCUGACGAGAUCACUCACGCUUUGGAAAGUGCCGUGGAUAUAUUCGACUUCUGCUCUCAGGUCCACAAAAUCCGUACUGUCUCCAUCGGCGUCGCCAGUGGGAUUGUCUUCUGUGGGAUCGUUGGACACACUGUGAGACACGAGUACACAGUCAUUGGCCAAAAGGUCAAUAUUGCUGCCAGGAUGAUGAUGUAUUACCCAGGCAUCGUGACCUGCGACUCUGUCACAUACGAUGGCAGCAACCUGCCAGCCUACUUUUUUAAAGAGCUUCCAAAGAAAGUCAUGAAAGGAGUUGCGGAUCCCGGACCAGUGUAUCAGUGUCUGGGCCUCAAUGAGAAAGUCAUGUUUGGUAUGGCCUAUCUCAUCUGCAACAGAUAUGAGGGCUACCCUUUGCUGGGUCGUGUUAGGGAGAUCGACUAUUUCAUGUCUACUAUGAAGGACUUUCUGAUGACGAACUGCAGCCGAGUUCUAAUGUAUGAAGGAUUGCCAGGAUAUGGGAAAAGCCAGGUACUUAUGGAAAUCGAGUAUCUGGCCUCCCAGCAUGAGAACCAUAGGGCUGUUGCUAUUGCACUGACUAAGAUCAGCUUCCAUCAAAAUUUUUACACUAUCCAGAUACUCAUGGCUAACGUACUAGGUCUGGAUACUUGUAAACAUUACAAAGAACGACAGACCAAUCUUCAAAAUAGAGUCAAGACGCUGUUGGAUGAUAAAUACCACUGUCUCCUUAACGACAUCUUCCAUGUUCAGUUCCCCGUUUCCCGGGAGAUGUCCAGGAUGAGCAAGAUAAGAAAGCAGAAGCAACUGGAAGCUCUGUUUAUGAAGAUCCUGGAGCAAACAGUGAGGGAAGAAAGGAUUAUCUUCAUCAUCGACGAGGCCCAGUUUGUGGACGUAGCCUCCUGGGCCUUCAUAGAAAAGCUCAUCCGGUCCAUGCCCAUCUUCAUUGUUAUGUCCCUGUGUCCCUUCCCUGAAACUCCCUGCGCAGCUGCCAAUGCCAUAAUGAAGAACCGGAACACCACCUACAUCACACUUGGUACCAUGCAGCCUCAGGAAAUCCGGGACAAGGUCUGUGUUGACCUGAGUGUAAGCAGCAUCCCCAGAGAGCUUGACUCGUACCUGGUGGAGGGGAGCUGCGGGAUUCCGUAUUACUGUGAGGAACUGCUGAAAAACCUCGACCACCACAGAAUUCUCAUUUUCCAACAAGCAGAGGCUGAGGAAAAGACAAACGUGACCUGGAAUAACCUGUUCAAGUACUCUGUUAAGCCGACAGAAGACAUGUAUCUGUAUACUUCCAUAGCCGCGGGACAGAAAGAAGCCUGUUACCUUACAAGUGGUGUCAGACUAAAGAACUUGUCACCUCCAGCAUCGCUCAAAGAAAUCUCUCUGGUUCAACUGGACAGCAUGAGCCUUUCCCAUCAGAUGCUGGUGAGGUGUGCUGCUAUCAUUGGUCUAACCUUCACCACAGAGCUGCUGUUUGAGAUUCUCCCCUGCUGGAACAUGAAGAUGAUGAUCAAGGCCCUGGCCACCCUAGUGGAAUCAAAUGUCUUUGAUUGCUUUCGGAGUAGCAAAGACCUUCAACUAGCCUUAAAGCAAAACGUGACCACGUUUGAGGUUCAUUAUCGCUCUUUGUCCCUGAAGUCCAAGGAAGGGUUAGCUUACAGUGAGGAGGAGCAGCUCCGUGAAAUGGAAGGAGAGGUGAUUGAAUGCCGCAUCCUUCGGUUCUGCAGACCCAUAAUGCAGAAGACAGCCUACGAACUGUGGCUCAAGGACCAGAAGAAAGUCUUGCAUCUGAAAUGCGCCCGCUUUUUGGAGGAGAGUGCCCAUCGGUGCAACCACUGCAGAAACAGAGACUUCAUUCCUUACCACCACUUCAUAGCGGACAUUCGACUCAACACUCUGGAUAUGGAUACUGUCAAGAAGAUGGUGAAGUCCCACGGAUUUAAAACUGAAGACGAGGUCAUCUUUUCUAAAUCAGAGAUCCCCAGGAAAUUCAAAUUCCCCGAGAACAUCAGCAUCACAGAAACAAGGGAAAAAAUCUUGCAUUUCUUUGACAAUGUUAUCAUAAAGAUGAGGACGUCUCAGGAUGAUGUCAUCCCUCUAGAAUCGUGCCAUUGUGAGGAGCUGCUCCAGAUUGUCAUCUUGCCUCUGGCCCAGCAUUUCGUAGCCUUAGAAGAAAACAACAAAGCCUUGUACUACUUCCUAGAACUUGCAUCUGCCUAUCUCAUCCUGGGAGACAACUAUAACGCAUACAUGUAUUUGGGUGAAGGGGAAAGGCUGUUGAAAUCUCUGACAAAUGAAGAUUCUUGGAGUCAGACCUUUGAAUAUGCUACGUUUUAUAGUCUCAAAGGUGAGAUCUGUUUUAAUAUGGGACAGAUGGUGCUCGCCAAGAAAAUGCUGAGAAAAGCACUGAAGCUUCUCAACAGAAUGUUUCCCUGCAAUCUACUCUCCCUGACUUUCCAAAUGCACAUUGAGAAAAACAGACUCUCCCACUUCAUGAACCAGCAUACCCAGGAGGGCUCGCUGCCAGGGAAGAAGCUGGCCCAACUUUUCCUGCAGUCCUCCUGCUUCUCCCUGCUGUGGAAGAUCUAUAGCUUGAACUUCUUUUUCCACUACAAGUACUAUGGUCGUCUGGCAGCAAUAAUGCAGAUGAACACCUCGUUAGAAACUCAAAACAAUUUCCAGAUCAUCAAGGCUUUCCUGGACUUUUCCCUGUACCGCCAUCUGGCUGGAUACGAGGGCGUGUGGUUCAAAUAUGAAAUCCUGGUCAUGGAGCAGCUCUUGAACCUCCCCCUGAAAGGCGAAGCCUUUGAAAUCAUGGCCUAUGCAGCCGACGCACUGGGCCAUAUCAAGUUCUUAACCGGUCAUCUGGACUUGGCCAUUGAAUUAGGCUCCCGAGCUCACAAGAUGUGGUCACUUCUCCGGAAUCCCAACAAAUACCAUAUGGUUCUCUGCAGACUGAGUAAACCUCUUUUCUUGAAGAGCAGAUACAAGCAUUUGGUCCAGGUGCUGGGAUGGUUGUGGGACCUUUCUGUAACAGAGGAGCACAUCUUCAGCAAGGCAUUUUUCUAUUUCGUCUGCUUGGACAUCAUGCUUUAUUCUGGCUUCAUUUACAGAACAUUUGAAGAAUGUUUGGAAUUCAUACACCACAAUGAAGACAACAGAAUCCUCAAGUUCCAAAGCGGACUCCUCCUGGGACUUUACUCCUGCAUAGCUGUCUGGUACGCCAGACUUCAGGAAUGGGACAACUUUUACAAAUUUUCCAAUAGAGCGAAGACUUUAGUGACUCGAAGAACCCCAACGGUCCUUUACUACGAAGGAAUUUCUAGGUAUAUGGAAGGGCAAGUCCUCCAUCUUCAGAAGCAAAUAGAAGAGCAGGCCGAGAAUGCUCAGGACAGUGGGGUGGAGCUACUCAAGGCCUUAGAGACCCUUGUGGCUCAAAAUACCACUGGCCCCGUCUUCUACCCCAGGCUCUACCAUUUGAUGGCCUAUGUCUGUAUACUGAUGGGAGACGGGCACAGUUGUGACUUCUUCCUAAACACAGCCUUGGAGCUCUCUGAGACACAGGGGAAUUUGCUGGAGAAAUGUUGGCUGAGCAUGAGUAAGGAAUGGUGGUACUCAGCCCCCGAGUUGACAGGAGAUCAAUGGCUUCAGACAGUCUUGAGUCUCCCAUCGUGGGAUAAAAUUGUAUCAGGCAACGUAACCCUUCAGGAUGUUCAAAAGAACAAAUUCUUGAUGAGAGUUAAUAUUCUGGACAAUCCUUUCUAAUAAUUAUGAAUGAGAACAAA